UUGACGACUGUCACUCUUCGCAACUUUGACAGUCAAUGAGUCACUUUUCGCACCCUAGUUUUCGCUUCGUACACAGUAAAUAAAACUUAUAUAACGUAAAUAAACAUGGCCGAUCCUUCUGAAGACUAUGAAAUUCUUGAUCUAGCCCGCUACAGCAAUGGUAAAAAGGACUGGGUGGAGAAGAUAUUCGGUGACGUCACAAAGCAGUCAGCUGCCAAGCAAGUCGUCAUAGGGGGAGUGGCUGGCUGGGGAGCUGGUUUCUUGUUCAUCAAGGUUGGGAAAAUGGCUGCUGCUUCUUUGGGCACAACAAUCUUGUUACUACAGAUCGCCCAGCACCAGGGAUAUAUUAAAAUCAACUGGACGCUGGUCGAGAAGAAUCUCAAUAAAGCCAAGUCGGAAAUGCGAAGUGAAGCGAAGAAACGCUACCCGGGAAUCUUUGCAAAUAUGCAGAAGUUUAUGCAAAAUAACAUUGUUUUGGCCACUGCAUUUGCUGGUGGUUUCUUCUUUGGUGUGGCAUUUUGAGGCUUUUCUCCAUACCUGGUAUUUCGUCCACACUCUUUAGUAGCCAGGAAUGAUCUUAGCCAAUGACAUGUUGAACGGAAGACUUCUAGAAGUGUGACCUAGUUGAAUAACGAGGAAUCCUCCACUUCUAAUCUUAGGAUAUCUCCCAGAGUAACUUAUUUAACGACGUGCUGCCUCAAACAUUUACUUUGUUUGUAAGAGAGGUUGGGAAGUUACGUGUGUACAUGUCGUAUGUCAGUGCACAGUGUUAGAUUUUAUAUCUAUACUAUCCUGUAGCCUUUGGGCCUCAUGUAAUGGUCUAUCACUUGUAAAAAAUGUACAACAAAAUUGAUGUACACAAAAAAAGUAUUAUACAGUUGUAUUAAAUACAUGUUUAACUCGGUUUAUUAUCCUUAGUUAAUGAACGUCAUACACAUGAAGAUAAAGGUAAUGAUCCAUACAAGACUAAGCAGUUUGUUAGUGCCAAAAAGCCAAACCUAAGUACAGGACAUAGAUCAUUUAGAAGUCUGUUGUCACUAUAACACGAAGUAUCUGUGUGUAUGCGUGGUUCGACAUUAGGGUCUUCUAGAUUUUUCCUUGAUUUCUAUGUCAUACUUGGGCGCUUUUUUUUUGUAUAUCAAAAUAAGAUGUGAUAGUCUCCCAUUUUAAAAUGUUUAUAUUGGAAUUAUGAAUUUGUAGAUAUUUUUUUGUAUUAUUAUUUUUUUUUACUUGUUUCUUUUGUAAGGCCUACUUUCUAUUAACAUGAUUCCUCUCACUUAUUGGGGUGGGGUGGGGACAUUGCCCCCUGAUCCCCCCCCCCCCCCCUCGCUAAGCCACUGAUUCCGCAUACGAUUUGCCAUGCAUGUUUUUUUUUUGUUACAGAAAUUCGCUUUUUCGUUUUACAAACAGUUUACUGUACAGAAUCUGACAUUGUCAAGUCUACUUUUAAGCCAAAGUAAAUACAAUGCACUACACGUUAUGAGGUCACCAUGCUAAAAAUAUUUGCGAGCAUAAAAAUCACUCUUUGGUCAACAGUUACUUUGUUUUUCAGAGGCGAGACGGGAUCAAUCCCCGUUGGUGGGAUCAUUGGGCUAUUUCUCGUUCAGCCAGUGCAUCACGACUGAUAUAUCAAAGGCCAUGGUAUGUACUAUCCUGUCUGUGGGAUGGUGCAUAUAAAAGAUACCUU